AUGUUUUUUCCUUGCUCCGAUGGGGGCGGAGGACUGUCAGCCUAUCAUCAUGCCGACAUGUCGUCCGGCGGUGCUUCUGAUAUGUUCGGUAAUUUUCAGGGUGGCGAUAUGGAGGCGGUAAGUGGGUUUUUGGGGAUGAAAAGAGAGGUGGAUGGCGGGGCGGUGGAAGCAGAGGGCGGAGGGAAAAAGAAGGGAGAGAAGAAGGUGAGGAAACCGAGAUAUGCUUUUCAGACAAGAAGCCAAGUUGACAUUCUUGACGAUGGGUAUCGUUGGAGAAAAUAUGGUCAAAAAGCCGUCAAAAACAACAAGUUCCCGAGGAGCUAUUAUAGAUGCACACAUCAAGGAUGCAAUGUGAAGAAACAAGUGCAGAGGCUAACGAGAGAUGAAGGGGUGGUGGUGACAACAUAUGAAGGAAUGCACACACACUCCAUUGAUAAGCCAACAGAUAACUUUGAACAAAUAUUGAGUAGAAUGCAGAUUUAUAGUACUCCUUUUUGA